AUGGACGACCUGAGACUGCAAGGCCAGAGAGCAGCGAAUCUUCUACUGCGGGCCAGGCCUGCAAGGAAUGCCGGAGGAGAAAGUCAAAGAAAGUUUAACAGAAGAUGUGUAUACGAAAAGCAAUACAAGACGCCUCUCACAAGGAGGUACCUAACGCAGGUCGAACAGGAGUUGGCUCGAACAAAGGAGCUACUCCAGCAAUUUCUACCAGAAGCAAGAGCAGUGCCAGUGGAUAUGCCUGCUGAUCGGAGUAACGAGGCGGGCUAUGAUCAGCUAAAUGAGCAUUCUUUCAGCUCCCCGGCAUCAAGCCGCAGAGCCAACUCCUCCAGCUCCAUCGACAGGGUGGGCAAUGCGGGCUCUGAGAAUGGUCAGACUGGUGAUGAUCGGCCAUCAAGUUUCCCAUCUGCAGUGUCAAUUGGAAGCACUCAUGAAGCAGCCCCAGUACCUUCCAUGGCAAGCCACAGAGCGACGCAAGUCGAGAACGGGAGGACACCGGCAGCCACACAGUCACGUCCAUUCUUCCCGCAGCGAUCUCGAGAUACUCAAAGUGUAGGCACGAGGUCGCAGUUGACAGGUGGAUCCACAUUUUCAAUGGAGAUGCCGCCUUCAUCCGGCAAUUUUGAAUGGGAUGAGCGGUCUGGGAAGCCAAGCGGUGACAAAUUCGUGGACGGGAUGGCUAGCCUGACAAGUGGAUUGAACGAAGGGGGUUAUCUCGGUGUUGCGUCAGGAGCAGCUUUGUUGCGCAUGGCAGAAACUCGCUCAAACAACGGGAUUGACCCAUACGGUUCCGACCGAGAUGCUGAGAAUUCAGCUCCACCCCGGUCGUCGAGUAUUCCGUUCGCACUCAAAUCCUUUUCUCAGCUUGAGCCGUUCAUCGACGCCUACUUUCGCUUAUAUCACUGCUCUUAUCCGAUUGUCCAUGAGGCCACAUUCCGAGCCCAAUUCAUGGAAGUGAUCCCACGACCAUCGAGCAACGCAUGGCAAGUCUUGCUGUUUGCCGUGGCAACGUUGGGCGCUUUCACUGCUGCCACACAACCGACAGAUGUAGAUAUCGGGCUGUUUGAGGCAGCAAAGGCGAGAUUGUCCAUAGACAUGCUUGAGACAGGCAACAUGAUCCUCGUGCAGGCACUGACAUUGCUUUCCAACUAUUUGCAAAAGAGAAACAAGCCUAAUUCUGGCUACAACUAUAUGGGCCUAGCUAGACGGAUUGCAAUGGGAAUAGGACUCCACAAGGAGUUUCCAAACUGGGACGCUAACUUACUGGCACUAGAGAUGAGAAGGAGGGUUUGGUAUUGUCUAUAUAUCUUUGACGUCGGCGCAACAAUUACGUUUUCGCGGCCGUUGGACUUUCCCCAAGAUGGCAUUGAUGUCGAACUGCCGCUUAACAUUCACGACAGUGUAAGGACACCUUUCCUCCUAUUUAUGGCAGUGUGCUUAUCAAAGCAGGAUGUCACGGCGACGACAAAGCAUCGGCCAGAGCCCGCGAAUGAAACGACAGUCUACACACACUUGCGUGCGCAGGCGACCUUUCAUUUGUCGACUUGCCAGAUAUACUCGAAGAUUAUAUCCACACCUUUUCCUUCCGCAGAAGAGUUGAUCGAUUUGGAUGAUAGGCUUAUUGGUCACUGGCUGGCGACGUUACCGACUUACUUUCGGGAAGACGUGGAGCAAGCCCCCAAAUUCUCACUUUGUCACUCCAUCCUGCGCUGGCGAUAUCGCAACUUUCGUAUCUUGAUGUACCGGCCAUUCCUGGUUCGACAACUGAUGGCGAGACCAGAACGAGGGGCGGAGAAUGCACAAGACCAGGAUGACCCCAAUGUCGAGAUCGCGAUUCAGCGAUGCCUUGAUGCCGCCCGUGAGUCUGUUGAGCUCAUCUCCAAAUUCUGGAUGCAGGAUCAGAGGACAAUGAUGGCCUGUUGGUACGGCCUGUAUUUCCUCUUCCAGGCGAUCCUCAUCCCGGUGAUCUGCCUCCGCAACAAUCCUCAGUCUCCACUCGCUCUCAACUGGCGUGAUCAGAUAUUCGAAGCUAUGACUGUGAUAGAGUCGAUGGCGCAGUUAAAUCCUACAGCUAAACGUUGUCUGGGCGUUAUCAGGUCAUUAUGCGGAGCAUAUCUCGCGCCUGACACUGAUGCGUGGGAUGGUCCAACGCAGGAGUCACCCCAGACGCAACUUGCUAAUUUGUACCCGCUGAUGUGGCCUACGUUGGGGUCGGUACAAGUUGAUGGUGUCGAUCCGAUGCUGCAAGAAUCGACAAUCAUUGAUUUCAUGAACCAAUUGCCGGGUUUGAAUAAUACAAUAUCUGACGAAAACCGUCUCUAUUAG